UUGACUCAUAAAAAGGUAAAGACCUAGGAAAGCGGGCUAAAUCCUAUACCUUCUCUGUAUCAAAAUCUACGACAGAAUUUCUAUUUAUUCAGUUUUUACCAAAUUUAUGAAGUAUUUUACUUUGGAAGGAAAACUUCUUUUCAAUUUAUCCCUUAUUUCCCAUGGUUAUUAACGGUUUAGGAUGAAUCAACAGUUUAUCAAGAUUGGAUCUCCUCAAGAUAUCCAAUUAAGCUAUGCAGGAGAGCAGAAGCAGCAAGUUGUUGCACUCAAGCCCAAUUAUGUACUCAGAACAGUAAACAUUGUUCUGGUUGCUAUCAGUUCAUUCAGCCUGUUAGGUCUUUUUGCUACAGGAGAUUUUAAGGAGAGCAAACAGACAGAGCUUGGCAAUGUAGCUGGACUCCUAUUGUUUGCUCCUCAUAUAUUUGUGUAUGGAACAAGUAUUUUGUACCAUGCUUCUCCAGUGUUUUUUGCACUUCAAGUUAUUAGAAACAUUGUGUAUUUCUUGUGUCUACUUGUAGUUGGAUUGAUGUUGUAUCUUCUAUAUAUGGCAAGCGAGGGUACUACUUCUGAGGACAUCAUUGGAUUCUUUAUUUUAUUUGUUUUGUUUGGAUUGGCAACAGGCCCUGUAGCUAUGAGUAUCAUCUUAAUGAUCGAAUUUGAGCACGUCCACAUUGCAACACCAGAAACUGUUCCUCAAGGUUACAUCACAGUUCAAUCCAAGGAGGAAUACCAACCUGGUCCAAUUCAGAACAUAUUGGUAUAAAUAGUUUCAAUCACUCG